AUGACUACUGUAUACUUCACCAUCCGUGGUUUCACCUUCUAUGGAGGAAAGAACAAACCAUCAGAUAAGUUCUUCUUCAUUGUUCACAACAACAUCUCUCACUUUGAAAGUUUGAAACAUAUCUUCACAUGCUCAGAAGGAAACAAUAUGUCCAAGAGAUUCCAUAUCAACAUUCGUGACCUUAGAGGACAUAACUUCUCAAUUUUGCUCUAUAAGAAGACAAUGAUGAGAAACGUCCUGUACGCAAGAGUUGAUAUUCCAACAUUCCAGCUUCCAUUCGAUAAGGUUACAAAUAACUUCCUUCCAAUGGUUGCUCAAGGAAAUAAUUUUGCUCAAACAAUUUGUCAGGUAGAAAUCCAUCUGACAACAGAUAAGAAGGAAGCUUAUGACGCUCCUUCUGCAGAGCCUGUUCUUAAACAGGCCAAUUACGACACAAUCAUCGAAACGUGUAAUACCGAUGAGAAUGCAGAUAUAUAUUCCAAUCUGCUUGUUCAAUAA